CACCUAAGUGUGGGCUAAUGUAACCAAGAGGGAUUUCACCUACAUCCAUUCAGUCAGUUUAUGGGGGUUUAAAGAAAUUCCAAAGAGUCAUCAGAAGAGGAAAAAUAAAGGUAAUGCUUUUUGCCACACAGGUAGAAUCUUUGAAAAUAUGUGUAAUAUGUAAAACAUUUGACACCCCCAUGAUAUUUUUCCAGAAUUAACAGUAUAAAUUGCUUCUCUUGUUCAAAUGCUUCCUAUCAGCCUCUCUAAUCACUACUCACAGUAACCUCAACUCCUGCCACAAUGUAUAAGAUGCAGCUCUUGUGUUGCAUUGCACUAACCCUUGCACUCAUGGCAAACGGUGCACCUACUUCAAGCUCUACAAAGAACACAAAGAAACAACUGGAGCCAUUGCUGCUGGAUUUACAGUUGCUUUUGAAGGAAGUUAAGAAUUACGAGAAUGCUGAUCUCUCCAGGAUGCUCACAUUUAAAUUUUACAUGCCCAAGCAGGCUACAGAAUUGAAACACCUUCAGUGUUUAGUAGAAGAACUCAAAGCUCUGGAGGGAGUGCUAAAUUUAGGUCAAAGCAAAAACUCUGACUCAGCAAAUAUCAAGGAAUCAAUGAACAAUAUCAACGUAACAGUUUUGGAACUAAAGGGAUCUGAAACAAGUUUCAAAUGUGAAUAUGAUGAUGAGACAGUAACUGCUGUUGAAUUUCUGAACAAAUGGAUUACCUUUUGUCAAAGCAUCUACUCAACACUGACUUGAUAAUUAAGUGCCUCUCAUGUUAAAUGUAUCAGGCUUUCUAUUUAUUUAAAUAUUUAAAUUUUAUAUUUAUUUUUUGAUGCAUGGUGUUCUAACUUUUGUAAUACUAGUCUUCAGAUGAUAAAUAUGGAUCGUUUUAAGAUUCUUUCUGUAAGCCCUACGGGCUCUAAAAAACUCACUUAAAUUAUUUAUCCUGAAGUAUUUAUUUUUAUAUUGAAUUAUUAAAUAUAAUGUCUAUGUAGGUCAGUUAAUAAAAGUAUUUAAUAAAAUUGAUGAAUAAAAA